AUGAUUACUACUUCGAAUAGCAGCCUCCCUACUGUCCAAUAUCAUGAGUCGAGUUGGGACCAGAUAGCUACUUCCUGGCCUACGAGACCGGCAACCGGUGACUAUUCUUUCUAUUCGCAAGUUCAACCCCAAGAAGGAUCACGUCUGGAAAGAGCAAAGCCAGUCCUACCAGACUCCCGGGUACUCGGGCUAUCAUCAUUAUGGGAUCAAACAAGCCAUUCCGACAGCUGGGAGUAUUUUCUUCCACAAACCCAAAACAAUGACUCUGCAGGUCACUUUGAGAAGAACUACGAUGAGGUCUCAACAGGGCAGAGAGUCAACUCCGAGAAACAAUUGCAUAGCACAGAAAUAUUCUCACACGGAUGGCCAGACCAGGCUGCCGACACAGUCUGCGGCUGGGGCUCCAGUGAACAGCAUACCCGCUUAAUUCGGAAGAAAUUCGUUGACAUACUUAAUAAAUAUCAAGUGAAAACGCUUAACGAUGCUGGCUGCGGCGACCUUGCAUGGAUGAGCAUGAUAGAUCUCGAAGGGAUUGACUAUGUUGGCUACGAUAUAUAUGAGCGUGUGAAUUGGGCCGAAUUACAAGAACGCGGUUAUCAACUGGAAGUUCUUGACAUCACAUCAACUGAGUUGCGCCCGGCUGAUUUACUCAUUUGUCGCGAUGUUUUUAUUCAUUUGCCGAACGAUAUGGUUCUUCCCACACUGGAGCGGUUCCGCCGCUCGGCCUCACUGCUUCUCACCACAAGCUACACGAGUGACUGGAGUAUGAGCGAAAGAGGAUUUUCCAAUCUCGAGCGGAUGAACGAGCCAAGCCUGCAUCAUAAAAAGCUCGACCUCUCAUUGCCUCCAUUCAACCUCGGCCAGCCGCUUGUUCAAAUCCCCGAGAACUCACCUAAUAAAUAUCUCGGACUCUGGGAUAUGAAGCACCCACCAACAGGCAUGUAA